AUGAACAAUCAUCUCAAAGUGUUGACGUAAAAAAAAAAAAAAACAAACAAAAAAAACAUUAGGUCACAUAGUAUGUGAUGAUGAUGUGUCCCUGAGUGAGUGGGAUGUGAUCCCAAUGAAACUUGCGAUCUGAGGCACAAAGAAGAAUCAGGAGUGAUGAUUGAGGUGUUGUUCCUCCUCAUAUUCUGGGAGGCGGUUGUGAUUGUAAUUCUCCUAUUCAAGACCCCAUUUAGGAAGCUUCUCAUCCUCACCCUUGACCGCCUCAAGCGUGCCCGCGGGCCCCUCGUCCUCAACACUGCCGCCGCCUCCCUUGUAACCCUCCUUCUUUCCGGCGUCUACGGAAUAAUCAACAUUCAGAGGCGACAAAUCCAUGAUGAUGGCCAUGUUCAUCUCAAUCCCACCGAUCAGCUUCUCAUGGCCAAUCAUCUCCUCCAAACUACUCUCAUUGGUAUCUUUGCUAUUUUUGGUGCCGUCCUUUUUCUUGCAGUUAUAAUAGAUAGAUUACAUCACUGCAUGAGAGAACUCCGAAUUAGAAGAAAGAAUCUUGUGGUAAUGAAAAGAUUGGAGGCAACUAAAGCAUUGGAAGAAGAAAGAGACAAAUUGAAAGUGGAGCUUAUACAGCUAGAAUCUGAUCUCAACUCUAAAGCUAAAGACGUUGAUGUUGCAGAAGCCAAUGUAACUGCUUUGAGAAAACAAUUUCAGGGGUUUCUUCUUGAGUACCAGCGGGUACUUGAGGAGAAUCACAACCUCCGCAAGAAGCUACAAGUCUUGGAUAGGAGAUUGUCACACUCAGUCUCCAAGAAGAAUAUGUAAGAAAAUACAGCAAGAACAACAGGGCAAAAUCUAGUCCUGGAAAAUAGUGAAUACUUUUAUGUGAUGACAGAAAUAUAGUGCUGAUUUGUUUGUUAGGCGUCACCACUUAAGAUUUGACUGACCACAGAGAAAUGCAUGAAGAUGGUGUUUGAUGUAACUUUAGUUAUCUUGGUUGCCUAACUUUGCUAGAAUUUGUUAUUGUAUUGUUGUAUUGUACCCUAGACGCCUUAAUUAAUGUCUACAGAUUGCUCCAUAAUUGAAAUUUCACUUCCUUUUUUCA